UAAUUCUUUCCAAGGUUGAAGCCAGCUAUGAGAUGAGGAGGUCAGGCCUGUUCUUUGACCUUCUGUCUCCAUGUUUCCUCCAACAACAUUCCUCGGAGCACUGCACACCUCCACUCACUCACUCGCUCAUCUCCCACAACAGUCCUUCGCCUUCAACCAUAUCACUACCGUAAACCUGUCGUGUUCAGCCUGAUAGCCCUGUCUAACCUUCGCAAACUGACCUCUAAGCUCCUACUCUACUCCACCACAAGCAACAUGGCUGGUGCUAAGACCAAGUCCGACGAUGAUAUUCCUCAGGCAGAUGCUCAGUUCAUCGUCCGAUGCCUCAUGAACAUGACUUCUGAGAGACAGGUUGACUUGAACGGGGUUGCCGCCGCACUUGGUCACACCAACGUUCAAUCUACUGCAAACCGGUUCCGCACCCUGCGCAAGCGUUACGGUUUCGAGCUCGAAGCCACUCAUGUCGGCAGCCCCAGCAAGACAGACAACGCAUCGGCUGGAGAUACUGGUGGUCAAGACGUUCAAGUUGCUCCCGAGAUAGCUACUCCUACUAAACGCAAGGCGUCUGUGAAGGGUAACCCCCGCAAGAAGGCCAAGGCCAAGGCCAAGCCGGCUUCGACUGAUGAGCUCAACCACGUCGAUGAAGCUGAGAUUGAGUCCGAACUUGAUCCGAAAGUAAACACGAAGAGCCGCAAGAAGGGUGCUGCUGCCCGCACCAAGCCUGCUGAUAAAGGGGAAGCUAUGGUUGCGCCUGAGGAGAAGGAUGAGACUGUUCCGAACAACGAAGUGAUCUAA